AUGACGAAAAAUGUAGUUAAGCCUAUUCACUUACAUGUUCCUGGAGAUACACCGAUUCACCUUCACGUUAAUCAAAAAACCCAAGUAUCUCGACUUCCAGAAUCUGGAAAUGUGAAGCUAACUGACAUUGGUCCAUAUCAGGCACCGUGGGUGCCACCACCAGCGAAAACGAGUUCAGGUCGAUUUUCAUGUGAUCCAGCACGUCGUGUCACUAUAAAGCCUGACAGAAGAAAACACAGAUCACGCUCUGCAGAAUCAUUCAGUGAGAAUUUGAAUAAGGUUAGUACUGCUGAAUUAAACGAGGUCGAAUCUGACAAAGAAGUACCAAUUGAAUGUCCAAAAGAAUGUAUUUCAUGCAAAACAAUAUCUAAUGAAGAACAACUACUACACACUUCUGAUAAACUCAAAGAUACGCCAAAAUUGUGUACGCACACAUAUGGAAAUGGUAGAUUAUUUGAAGGGGAUAAACUAACCAAUGAGGCUUCAUUUUGCACUAGUUCAAUUCUAGACGAAUGGAUCAAGGAUUUGGAUAAUGCAAUUAGUCGUGUUGCAAAAUCAGCAAGAAAUAUUGUUGACUGUAUUGAACAGGUUGCAUAUGAAGGUAGACGUGUCGAUUCACACGAUAUGUUACGUCUUGUACAACCAAGAGAUGAAUUACUGCUACAAACUGAAAUUGCUGGACGCGCGGGACGAGAAUUAUGCCGAUGGGCGUCAAGUGUUCAGCAACAACAGAAUGAAAUUUUAGCCAAUCGAUUAUCUCAAACACAAACACGUGAAGCUAAUCUGAAUGCUGAAGUUAAACGCCUGACAGAAAAACUGGAUCGAAUGGAAAUCGACUUAGAAGUAGCUCAAAAACAAUUGAAUGAACAACAAAAUGAAAGUUUAAAGUAUAACACAGUUCAUGAAUCUAUGGAAAGCGUUAAGGGUCAUUUACAACGUCAACUACGACAACGUGAUUCGGAGUGUAGUCGAUUGUCUAUUCAAGUACGUAAUUUAGAAACACGUCUAGCUGAACAACAAGCUCAAAACCAAGUUCGGCUAGAAACAGCAGAAGCCAACUUAGAACGUAUGCGUGAAACAAAAGAAGCCUUGAAACGAGCUGCCAAAUCACAGAAACGUCGUGCAGAUGAGGCUGAAGAGGCGUUUCGUGAAAUCUCUCAUAAACUAGCUACUCAAGAGUCUAUUAUAGCCGGUUUUCGGGCUGAACAUUGUGAUUUAUUUUUAUCUUUAAGAUGUUAA